GGAAGGGAAGUCCUACUAAAUGAAGCCAGCACAUGACUGAACGACACACGCUACGGUGGAAUGUCAUGUCAAUCAUGUUUUGGCGGGCGAUUACGUCACUUCCGCCGACACCUGUGUCCAUUUAGCGUCUAAUUGAAGUCACAUGGUGUCCUCCUGUUUCCGAGCGAGAUGGCCCAGCCUCGCCGCGUCCAGCUGACGUCUUUGACAUGUCAAGUUCACUCGGCGGACAUUAGCACCGCGACCCAGCAGCUGGCGCUGCGGGUCGGGAAAGAAGACAUCGUUUCCGGUGCCGGACCUUCGUCGGAGGUGGACGCGGGCUCGACCCGGCUCGUCGUCGGCUUGUUCGAGCCUGAUGACCGCAGCUUCCCCGAGUUUAGCUACGCUCAGCUGCUGGAGAACAAGAAGAGCCACAACAAAGAUGAAGUCCAAUCGAGGUCCACGUUCGAAGAGGAGGAGCAGAGGGAGAAGGACCAGUUGGCUGACAUUGCUAGAAAGAUGGAAGAAAAAUAUGCAGUCAAGAGAAAGCAGGAUCGCGUUCAAGACUUGAUUGAUAUCGGCUACGGAUAUGAUGAUGAAGACUCCUUCAUCGACAACUCUGAGGCUUAUGAUGAGUUUGUGCCAGCCUCUAUCACCACCAAAUUUGGAGGCUUCUACGUCAACUCCGGCGUGCUUCAUUUCCGCGAGGCUUCUGACACGGACAACGAGAAAACCCCUGACACCUCCAAAAAACGUAAACUUAAAGAGAGACAGGACUUCUCGAGCCCGAAGAAGAAACGCUGUCUAAAGGUUUUCGAGGACAAAAAGGAUCCUGAUGCAAAGUCGAGUGCAGCAUCGGAGACGGUGGCAGGUGGCGAGAUGAUGCUGAUGAAUAAGAAGAAAAAGAAAAAGGUAGCCAGCACGCUGAGCGUCACCAGCAUGCUAAAAAAGUUCCGGCGAGAAAAGGAGCAGGAAAGACAGAAAAUGGAGAGAGCUCGUCAGCGAAUCGCUGCCCUCCCGGACACCUCGGUGAUGCCUCUGUGCCCGGCGGACGCGGGUGGUGGUGGAGGUGGGGGCUUGGGCUUGACCGAUCCGCUGCUCAGUUUGAUCGGAUCCACCAACGAGCACGCCUUUCUCCAGGCCGCCAGCACGGUAGACUUUGACAUAGAUCUGGACUGUCUGUUGGAUGUCGGCGAAGAGAUGUCUUCACCAAAAUCAACAACUCAGUCUUUGGCAGAAGCACACCCUCCAACGCAGCCCAACAUGGAUGAUCAAAACCAGCCUGCAUGCUCUUUUGAUGCACCUCCAAGCAGGAAGAUGAGCCAAACACUGCCUCUACAGUGCGCCCCAAUGCCUGAAGGACUCCCGCCCCUCCUGAAGGAAAGCAUCAAGAAACUGAUGUUGGUGGCCAAGACCUCGGAGGGAGAGUCCAAAGUCAAGUUCUUCACCCCAGAAGUCAACGCUGUCCUGCUGGAUAUUGAGUGUCAGUGUCGUGAGCAUGGCGGACAACUGCGCUCCAGAGUGUACACACACCUGUCGUCCUUCCUGCCCUGCAGCAGAGAGACGCUCCUGAAACGUGUCAAGAAACUUAAACUUGCAGAGGACAUUUCCAAUGUGGAAGAUCCCGUGCAGAAACUGAAGGAUGCUAUCGGGCGAGCCAUGCUUGAGCAGAUUGCUUCUUUCAAUCAACAUUGUCAGGAAUAUGAGCAAGUUAAGACCUUAAGGGCAGCUGUGGAGGGCAACGAUGUCAAACUUAGCCACGGGAACAAUGAGGAGAAAGUGGCGAAAAGAGGAGGAGGUCCUAAGAAGUUGUUCAAAUGGAACGAGGAGAUCAGGGAGGGCCUGUGCAGUGUGCUGAAGGAAAAACUGAAUGUGUUUAGAAGCAAACCUGAAGGCACCCAGCAGCUGGAGGACUACCUCAAGGCCUUUUUAGACAUCGACAUUAAACCUCUUUGGCCUAAAGGCUGGAUGCAGUCUAGGGUGUUGAUGAGUGAAAGCAGGAAGUUGUUGGGCCUGCAGACUUUAAUCCCAAUGAGGAGGCUGAAAUCGGAGAAGAAGCAGCAGCUGUCAAUCACCGGUGCUCCAUACAUUGGACCGUUCUCAGUUAAAGUGGAACCUCAUGACGCUCAUGAAGUGGUGGAAACUUCAAGUACGUCCUCCGUAACCAUGGUGGAAGCUUCAAACGUGUCCUACGUGAACAUAGAGUCCGAUACAGAAGUGAUCGUCCUGGAUUCAGAUUCUUCAUCGCCGCCGCAGACUGAAGAACGCCAGCUGAGAGUUGCACCACUGAAUGCCCUCACUGACCAGCCGCUGGCUCCCAUGCAGCCCCUGGUUCCCACACAGGAGCUCCUGGCGGCCGCCGUGGCCAAGUUCAAACGUUCCCUGCAGCACUGGAGCAUCAGCGCAGAGAACGGCAGUCCGCCGCUAUCUCCGCCGCCUCCUCAGUGCAGCCCUGUCAACUUUCCGGAAAGAGGCCUGUGUCACGUGGUUCUGCCGCAGCUGCUGCAAAACUUCAUGGGGCCUACCAGGAGUGUUCGGCCGGCAACGCAGAUUGGCUCGGAUGAUGUCAGUGUAUAACCACGGACAGGUAAAGGUCCAUCGAGAUACAAUAAAAUAUAUAUGAUGAAAUGUAAAAACUUCAAUUAUCUUGUAGUUGUAUGUUAUUUCCAUGGGGAUGAACGGUCAGUAGCUGCAGUCGAGGAAUUGUUACAUCAGAGCAUUGCUAACUAAGCCAAUAAUCAUAGCUAUAAGAUUGUGGUUUUUCUUGAAAUAAUAAAUAUAUUGCAUGUUA